AUGCAGGAGAAGAGCAAGGACAGUCAGAGUCUCGGGACAAAGGCAUCGCCUUCUCUUGGAGAGGCGCACGAUUGGCUCUCGUACAUGCCUCGAGCCAUUCCCGGUCACGUCUCGCCCAAUGGUCCGUCUUCUGAUCCUUUAAGGAUUCAACAGCAACUUCAAAUCCUUCUCCGCAUCCCACCCUCCACCCACGCUCCCCUCUUCGCUCACCGACAAUGGAGGUCCGGACUUGUAAUAAGCGACAUCAUUCACUCGGGCAUCUUGCCUCUGCAUGGCAAUAGGAUUUUGGAGCUAGGAGCAGGGACAGGACUUCCUUCCAUACUUUGUGCUGCACAGCCCAACGUUCAAAGAGUGGUGGUGACGGAUUACGACGAGCCUACACUGUUGCAUCGAUUAAAGGAGAAUGUCAUGAGCAAUCCUGGGAUCGGGAACAAGAUCAGAGUCCGAGGACAUACUUGGGGAGUCAACAUGGACGACCUGAGAGACGAGAUGGGCAGAGCUUUAUCCGAUAGCGCAGCUGAAAACGACAAGGCAGACGUCAUUCUUCUCGCCGAUUGCCUGUGGGACAGAUUCUCGCACGCGCCGCUUUUGCGCACGCUCACGAGCUUAUUGUCAAAAGACGGCAAUGCUCGGAUAUACAUCGUCUCUGGUCUGCACACUGGACGAGAAGUCUUGUGGUCCUUCGUGCAAGCUGCUUACCGGCUUGGGCUUGCAGUCGUUCCCAUGCCUGGUGCGGACGACUGGCCCAGUCUUUCGGAGUGCAAUGAAGCAACCAUCGAGGGCCAGGGUACGGCGCAGCACGACGCAAUCGCGCACGUGUUGGAAUUGGGACUUGCGUUUCUAGACGAAGACGAGGAGAGUGGCCAUCCUUUUUCCGUCGAAGAAGCCUCGAGCGAAGCUGAUGAGCGCGAACGACGCCCAAGAACAAUCAAGGUGCACGAGCUGCGUCUGAACGGCAGUAGGCGCAAAUUUCGGACACGGGAGAGAGAUGAGGAGAAGAAAGAGGUCGGAGGCGUCAAGGAGCGCAACAAAUGGAUCUGUGCCUGGGCCAUGGGCUGGAGGUGA